AUGAGUGCUUCACUACGUUCUAAGCAAACGCAGAGAUUUGUCACGACGAGUCUUCGAGCAAUUUCUUCCACAGCAAAGACAGAAUCUACGUUGACAGGACAAGGUUCUCGCGUGUCGUCCUGGAAUCAUGGCAGUAAGAAGAAGAAUCAGAAUACUGUCGGUUCCACUCCCACUCGCAACGUUUCAGGUACAUCCUCGUCGGUUGCUGGAGACGACUUUCCCAUGAAAUUGUCUCACUUGGUUCAGAGUCGCAGGGAGUAUCAUCAUGCUGAACAUCAUCAUCAUGCUGAACAUCAUCAUCAUGCUGAACAUCAUCAUCAUGGUGAUGAUCACAAUGCACAAGAACCAACACUCCGAGAGAAAUGGACCAAACUUGCCUCACUUACUAUGGAUCCUUACAUCGGAGAAAUGGCGGAAAAUGUUGUGAAAUGUCAAGAAGCAUUGCCACAGACAUUGAGCCAAGCCUUGUCCGACUCGAGACCUUGUAUGGUUGCAUCCAUCCACAAUCCCUUUACCAUUGUCAAUGUGAACGAAGCUUGGUGUCAUGCGUAUGGAUAUUCCAAGGAAAACGUUUUGAAUCAAAACAUGGUGAAAUUACUUGGCAACUCACAAGCAUUGGAAGACUUUGUAUUGGAACAAGUUCUACUACUGUUGCAUGAAUCGCCGUCAUCCGCAGAAACUCCAAUUAUUGCAAGUACAACCCAUUAUACAAAAGAUGGAACUCCUGUCAACGAACCGUUGAGGAUGGGAACUCUUUCCAUUGGCGGUAGUGCCAAUGUCUCGGAUCGUUACAUUGUAUGUGUGACAGAAAUGGACUAUAAUUUUGCCCCUGAUGCCACAAGCAACAACUUUAAUAAUAAGAUGAUUACCAGUCUGGAGGAUCAUCGUUUGCAGCAUGACGUGGGCUUUGGACAUGUUACUGGUUUGGCCUGA